AAUUAACAAAACCAUUUCCGGAGGACGAAAAAAAAAACCUCCAAAAGCCGAAAGAACUCCUUUCGCUCGAGGGGUGGGAAAGAAGCGGAAGGGGGAGAGGAGACGAGAGGAAACCCUCGCCUCCGGCACACGCCAUGGUGGAGACUCGCCGGAGCUCCGCCGCCGCGGCCGCCGGGAAGCGCCCUUCCCCGUCGCCAUCCUCUUCGUCCGUACCUCCCCCGAAGCGGCCCAAGGCGGAGUCCCCGGGGUCACCGACGGCGUCCGCGCCCGGGAGGGCCGAGGAGGAUUCCGUGGCGGGAGCGGCACCAGCGAGGAGCACCGGCUCGGCCGAGGACGCGGCGGCCGUGGCACAGAAAGAUCAAGGAGCGGAUAAGCCUUGUUCUGCCGCCGCCGAGAGUUCGAAGAGGAGGAAGGAGCCGGAGCAACAGCAACCUGCAGCGCCAUGGGCGAAGCUACUCUCCCAGUGCUCACAGACUCCUCACCAUCCCAUCAGUGUGGCUCAGUUUUCUGUUGGUCAAAGCAAAAGCUGCAAUUUGUGGCUGAAAGACCAACCUGUUAGCAAAGUGCUUUGCAAGGUGCGGCGCCUUGAGCAAGGAGGUCCAUGUGAGUUAGAAGUUCUAGGGAAGAAGGGUAUGGUCCAAGUAAAUGGAAGGUCCAUAAGUCCAGGCGCAAAAGUUCCCCUUACAGGAGGGGAUGAAGUCAUAUUCAGUUCAUGCGGCAAGCAUGCUUAUAUUUUUCAGCAUCCUUUGAAUGAAAAAGUUCCUAAAACGGUGCCAUCAUCUGCUGUUAGCCUUCUAGAACCUCCUGUUGCUAGCGUAAAGCGCAUCCGUACAGAUAAGAGAACAGGAGACACUUCAGCUGUUGCUGGUACAGAGAUGUUGGCAUCUACAUCUAAUCAGACGAAGGAUGUAGCAGCAGUACCUCCCGCGGCAGCCGGAGAGAACAGCCAAAGAGUAGGGCGGCCAGUGGCAUCAUCUGCUUCUGAUAAAUCAAAAGGGCGUGCUGUGAGUCCUGAGAAGGAAUUUGAGAAUGGGGAAAAUGCUAAUGAGGUAAAUUCUAACAUUGAAGACUCUCCAAUGGAUGUCGCUGCAGCCCCUAUAUCUCCUGAUGAUGCUACGAACGAUACCUGUCAACAAAAUGGCUUUGGGCCUGAUACUCAUCUUGGUGCGGAAAUCGGUAAGAUUGCAACCUAUAAGAUAAGGCCAGUUCUGAGGAUGAUUACAGGAUCAACUAUAUCCGAGUUCGAUUUGACUGGUGAUCUUUUUAAAGCUCUUGAAGAUCAGAGGGAUCUCAUCAGGGAUCUUAACGCUUCAACCAGUGUGCCUCCAAGUAGAUGUCAAGCCUUUAAGGAUGGGAUGAAACAAGGAAUUAUUAAUCCAAGUGAUAUUGAUGUUACCUUUGAGAAUUUUCCUUAUUAUCUCAGUGAGAAUACAAAGAAUGUGCUCUUAUCAUGUGCAUUCAUACACUUGGAAAAGAAGGAAUUCAUCAAGCAGUUUGCUGAGAUUUCAUCAAUAAAUCAGCGAAUUUUGUUAUCUGGUCCAGCAGGUUCCGAGAUUUAUCAGGAAACAUUGGUAAAGGCACUUGCCAAACAUUUUGGUGCUAGACUCCUUGUCGUGGAUUCACUUUUGCUGCCUGGGGCACCUUCAAAGGAUCCAGAAUCCCAGAAAGAUGUUGGGAAGGUUGAUAAAUCAGGGGAUAAGACAACUGCCGAGAAGUUUGCAAUAUAUCAGAAGCAUCGCUCUUCGUUGGCAGACACUGUUCACUUCAGGAGGCCAGCUGCACCAACUUCCAGUGUGAAUGCUGAUAUUGUGGGAACAUCCACUCUGCAUUCUGCAUCUCUACCGAAACAGGAGUCGUCAACAGCUACAUCCAAGAGCUAUACUUUCAGAGAAGGUGAUAGGGUGCGUUAUGUGGGUCCAGCUCAGCCAACCACGUUGCCACAAAGGGGACCAAGUUAUGGUUAUCGAGGCAGAGUGAUGCUUGCUUUUGAAGAUAAUGGAUCCUCAAAAAUUGGAGUCCGAUUUGACAAGCAGAUCCCUGAUGGUAAUGAUCUUGGUGGUUUGUGCGAGGAAGAUCACGGUUUCUUCUGCUCUGCUGAAUUACUGCGGCCAGACUUUUCUGCUGGUGAAGAAGUUGAGAGGCUAGCUAUGACCGAGUUAAUAGAGGUCAUUUCAGAAGAGAACAAAUCUGGACCUCUGAUAGUGUUACUUAAGGAUGUAGAGAAAUCAUUCACUGGAGUUACAGAGUCACUUUCAUCUUUGAGGAGCAAACUUGAAUCACUUCCAUCUGGUGUUCUUGUUAUAGGAUCCCACACCCAGAUGGACAGCCGCAAAGAGAAGGCGCAUCCUGGAGGUUUUCUUUUCACAAAGUUUGCCAGUAGCAGCCAGACACUUUUUGACCUUUUCCCGGAUAGCUUCGGUAGCAGGUUGCAUGAAAGAAGCAAAGAAAGUCCAAAGGCAAUGAAACAUCUAAAUAAACUUUUCCCAAACAAAAUUUCAAUCCAGCUUCCGCAGGAUGAAGCUCUACUUACAGAUUGGAAGCAGCAGUUGGAUCGUGAUGUUGAAACACUUAAAGCCAAAUCAAAUAUUGGUAGCAUUCGCACGUUUCUGAGCCGUAAUGGAAUUGAAUGCAAUGAUCUUGAAAAAUUAUUCAUCAAAGACCAAUCACUGAGUAAUGAAAAUGUGGACAAGAUUGUUGGGUACGCAGUGAGUUAUCACCUUAAGCACAAUAAAAUUGAGACGUCCAACUCCAAGGAUGCUAAACUUGUACUCGCAAGUGAAAGCCUUAAGCAUGGGCUCAACAUGCUGCAAAGCAUGCAAAGUGAUAACAAGAGCUCCAAAAAAUCACUGAAGGAUGUUGUCACAGAGAAUGAAUUUGAGAAAAGGCUUUUGGCAGAUGUUAUACCACCUAAUGACAUUGGAGUUACCUUUGAUGAUAUUGGAGCCCUGGAGAAUGUAAAGGACACGUUAAAGGAGCUGGUGAUGCUCCCUUUACAAAGACCUGAAUUGUUCUGCAAAGGCCAGUUAACAAAGCCUUGCAAGGGAAUAUUGCUUUUCGGACCUCCUGGCACUGGGAAAACUAUGCUUGCCAAAGCAGUAGCAACUGAAGCAGGUGCUAAUUUCAUCAAUAUAUCAAUGUCGAGCAUUACAUCGAAGUGGUUUGGUGAAGGAGAGAAGUAUGUAAAGGCUGUUUUCUCACUAGCAAGUAAAAUAGCCCCCAGUGUUAUAUUUAUUGAUGAGGUCGAUAGUAUGCUAGGAAGGAGAGAAAAUCCAGGGGAGCAUGAAGCGAUGCGCAAGAUGAAGAAUGAAUUUAUGGUAAAUUGGGAUGGGUUGCGCACUAAAGAUAAGGAGCGUGUGCUUGUUCUUGGUGCUACAAAUAGACCGUUUGAUCUGGACGAGGCUGUGAUUAGGAGGUUCCCCCGCAGGUUAAUGGUAAACUUACCCGAUGCAUCAAAUAGAGAGAAAAUUCUAAAAGUAAUUUUGGCAAAAGAAGAGCUGGGAUCGGAUGUUGAUCUGGACUCACUUGCCAAUAUGACUGAUGGUUAUUCAGGAAGCGACCUUAAGAAUCUGUGUGUGACCGCAGCGCAUUAUCCCAUUCGAGAAAUUCUGGAGAAGGAAAAGAAGGAGAAGAAUUUGGCUAAAACAGAAGGUAGGCCAGAGCCUGCAUUGUAUGGAAGCGAGGACAUCCGUCCUCUUAGCAUAGAUGACUUCAAAUCUGCCCAUGAGCAGGUUUGUGCUAGCGUUUCGUCUGAUUCAGCAAACAUGAACGAGCUUCUUCAAUGGAAUGACCUGUAUGGUGAAGGCGGGUCAAGGAAGAAGAAAGCGCUGAGCUACUUCAUGUGAUGGUGAGAGCUUAAAAUCUGAAGGAUCACAACUGUGCCAUAAAACUAAUCAGAAGGAUCAGAGUUGUGCCAUAUUGUACAGCCGCCAUAGUACACCCCCAUGGCAUGUGCGUCUGCGCGACUUGGCCGGCCCCAAAUCCAGUCGGGUUUUUCCUCCUCCCCCUUCAGUAGCCGUGGCCGGCCGGCUGUCGUCCCCUCCCCCUGGUGUAAUUAAAACUGUACCGAGUCAGAGUUCGUUUACCAGCUGUUUGAGGUUCCAGAGUUAAGAUUUAAACUAAAAUGGCGCCAUUGCCCUCCUCCAACCUCCCUUUCUUCCUCCCCAAAUUUAACUUUGUUGCGGCCAUUGUCCUUGGACUAUGGCUAUAGGUCUUUAUGUACCCCUGUACAUGCGAAAUGAAGGGAUAUGAAAUAAGAACAUCUUCAUCCUGUUGUUGACAGUAUGGUACAGAUUAUUUUUUUCAUAGUUGACUGGCGAUGAAUUGGAUCGGUGCCAACAUAAGAAUUAUGGAAGGUGCCUUUCCUGCCGCCGAAAUUUCUUUGUA